UGUUUUUUGAAGUCUCUCCGAGAUCUCGCGAUUCUCCGAGACGUGAGAGGCAUCAGAGUGAUCGAACUAAGCUGAUAAAUACAUUUAUUAAUCGAUUAAUAAGCCAAAAAGAGCCAGACCGGAGUACAAAGAGGUUACACGAUGUCUGAUAGCGAUGACAGCGACUUCUCCGACAACCAGAGUGAGCGCAGCAGCGACGGAGAGGCCGAGGAGGUGGAGAAUGAGGAGGAGGCAGCCAGCCCCGUAGGCAGCGACAAGGUAGCAGAGGAGGAGGGAGAGGACCUGGAGGAUGAGGAGGAGUAUGAUGAAGAGGAGGAAGAGGAUGAUGAUGAACGUCCCAGAAAGAAGCCAAGACACGGGGGCUUUAUCCUGGAUGAAGCCGAUGUGGAUGAUGAGUAUGAGGACGAGGAGGAUCAGUGGGAGGAGGGAGCUGAAGAUAUUCUGGAGAAAGUUAACGAGGAGGCUGAGGUGUCGAACAUCGACCAUGUGGUUCUGGAUGAAGAUCACUCUGGAUCCAGGAGGCUGCAGAACCUCUGGAGAGACUCCAGAGAGGAAGCUUUGGGUGAAUACUACAUGAGGAAGUAUGCCAAGUCAUCUGGAGGGGAGCAUUUCUCUGGAGGGUCCGAGGAGCUCUCUGAUGACAUCACUCAGCAGCAGCUACUUCCUGGAGUCAAGGAUCCCAAUCUGUGGACGGUCAAGUGUAAGAUCGGAGAGGAGAGGGCGACGGCCAUCGCAUUGAUGAGGAAAUUCAUCGCCUACCAGUUCACAGACACGCCUCUGCAGAUCAAGUCCGUGGUUGCCCCGGAUCACGUCAAAGGUUACAUCUACGUGGAGUCGUACAAACAGACGCACGUCAAGUCGGCCAUCGAAGGCAUCGGGAACCUGAGGAUGGGUCUGUGGAACCAGCAGAUGGUCCCAAUCAAAGAGAUGACGGACGUCCUCAAGGUCGUCAAAGAGGUCACCAACCUGAAGCCCAAGUCCUGGGUCCGACUGAAGAGAGGCUUGUACAAAGACGACAUCGCUCAGGUGGACUACGUGGAGCCGAGUCAGAACACCAUCUCCCUGAAGAUGAUCCCUCGCAUAGACCUGGACCGCAUCAAGGCCAAGAUGAGCCUGAAAGACUGGUUCGCUAAGAGGAAGAAGUUUAAGAGACCCUCUCAGAGGCUGUUUGAUGCUGAAAAGAUCAGGUCCCUCGGUGGGGAGGUCAGCCACGACGGAGACUUCAUGAUCUUUGAGGGGAACCGUUACAGCCGCAAGGGAUUCCUGUUCAAGAGCUUUGCCAUGUCGGCUGUGAUCACAGACGGAGUGAAGCCCACUCUGUCCGAGCUGGAGAAGUUUGAAGACCAGCCUGAAGGAAUCGACCUGGAGGUGGUCACUGAGUCAGGUAAGGAGCGUGAACACAACCUGCAGGCCGGAGACAACGUGGAGGUGUGUGAGGGAGAGUUGAUCAACCUGCAGGGAAAAAUCCUCAGUGUGGACGGAAACAAGAUCACCAUCAUGCCCAAACACGAAGACCUGAAGGACCCUCUGGAGUUCCCGGCUCACGAGUUGAGAAAAUACUUCCGCAUGGGCGACCACGUGAAGGUGAUCGCCGGGCGCUACGAGGGAGACACGGGCCUCAUCGUCAGAGUGGAGGAGAACUUUGUCAUCCUGUUCUCCGACCUCACAAUGCACGAGUUGAAGGUGUUGCCCAGAGACCUGCAGCUCUGCUCGGAGACAGCGUCCGGCGUCGACGCAGGAGGGCAGCAUGAGUGGGGGGAGCUGGUCCAGCUGGACCCCCAGACUGUGGGAGUCAUCGUCAGACUGGAGAGGGAGACGUUUCAGGUGCUCAACAUGCACGGGAAGGUUAUGACGGUUCGGCACCAGGCGGUGAACCGCAGGAAGGACAACCGCUUCGCUGUGGCGCUGGACUCAGAGCAGAACAACAUCCACGUCAAGGACAUCGUCAAGGUCAUCGACGGGCCGCACUCUGGCCGUGAAGGUGAGAUCCGUCACCUGUUCCGAGGCUUCGCCUUCCUGCACUGUAAGAAGCUGGUGGAGAACGGAGGCAUGUUCGUGUGUAAGACGAGGCACCUGGUGUUAGCUGGAGGAUCCAAG